GCCACCGCACCGCCCGCGUCAAGCGCGGAGCAGAAGGCACUCGUGACGAGAUGCUGAAGGAUCUGCAGCGGCUGUGGACGCGAAACCUUGGGCGCGACGACCGGAUCAUCGCAGACCACGGCCGCGAAGCAAGGCAUCCCUUCCUAGAUGAGCAUCUACUGCGCUUUGUGGGCGGCCUGCCCAUUGAUCUCCUGGCAUAUGGUCCGGGAG